GACUCAGGAGGGAGGCGGAGGAGGAGGAAAGCUGUGCGCAUGUGCAGCCUACCUGUGCAACGUGGAGGGUAAAAAUGCCUAAGAAGCAGGGAGAGCGCGUGGGCGUAGCUCAGGAGAUAGAUACCCUGGAGGAGAAGCUGUCCCAGUGCAGAGAGAACUUGGAAGAGUUGGAUUUUAAGCUACGGAGAGAAGAACUGACUCCUGAGGGAAGAAAGUCACUGGAAAGAGAGAGAAAUCUGCUAGCAACCAAAGCUGAAAAUUAUGAGAAAGAACUGAAAGCACUUCGCCAUGAAAACCGCAAGAAUGCAGCCCUCUCAGUGGCCCUCGUGCUGCUGCUUGUCGUUAUUUACACUUGCUGGACGAUGUAGCAGAUUCUGCCAAGAUCCCCUCAUGACGUGACUGUGAUAACCUCUUCUUUCCCUCACCAGACUGUCUCGAGGGCGUGAUCGGCUUUCCAAGCCAGUGCUCUCUAGACACCUCCAAAUCAUAAUGGCCUCGGCAGUCCCUGCUGUAUGAGGAAAAUUUUGGAGAAGAGGUUGAAGUAUGUUUGGAGCCGUCCCGUUAUUCUGUGGUGAAUAAUCAGUAAUGCUGCCAUUUCCUGUUCUUAAGAAGCCACCUGUGUGUAAUCAGUCCCUCAGAUUGUUUCAGUAGCUCAAGCAUUUUGAAAAUGAAACUUUUGCCACUGCAAAGCUUUUCUCCCAUUCCCCCCAUUCAACAGACACCAAGCCUCUCCCUCUCGUCCUAUUUCCAUGGUCCUCAAUGCCUUCCUUUCCCACUGAGCAGCAUAGGUGGAGCAUCUGGGAAUAGUACAGGGCAGAAGAAUUUCCUGGGGUUGGCAAAGGGCAAAUAAAACUAAUUCCACAAUUUGAAUAAAUACCAUCCUCCCGCUUGGAAGAGGAUCUAUCUUCUGCCUCUUUGCUGUAACUAGGAAAUAAUUGCACCGAGAAUGAAGGCUGUGUUAUAUGUUUAUAAUACUGGGACUCGUGGAACGGUCCAUCUUCCACUGAUCAAAAUGAGCUUGAUAAUAAAUCCUGAUAAUGUCUGUA